UUCCAGCUGGUCUGGUGUUAGGAGCUCAGGGGCCCCACUGCUGCAGGACACUAUUGCACCCUUUCUUUCUUCCUUUCUUUCUUCUCUUUCUUUCUUCUCUUUCUUUCUUCUAACAGUCCCUUCUUUAGUUUUUUCCUGUGAAGAUGUCUUCUUCCUGUAACCAGUCCCUGGACGGCAGCUUUCCUCCCUCUCCGGCGGAGGACAGGGGCGCACAGCGGCUGUCCUGGGGCAGCCUGCUGCAGAGGCUGUCCGAGCUGAAGGGGAUCAACCAGCAGGUCACAGCAGAGCAGGGCUGCAGGAGCGAGUCUGGAUCCUUAGCAGACAUGUCACUCUCAGAGUCUGACAGCAGCAUCUUCUGUGACCCCCUGGAGGAGGCCCUGGCCACAGAUGUCCGUGGGACCAUCACACAAAGCCUCAACAAUGCCUCCCACAUCCUGGGCUGCUCCAAACUUAUCCUACCUGACUGUCUCCUGCACAGCAUCAGCCAGGAGCUGCUUCACCUGGCAGCGUGCGAGCCCUGCGGCCUGAGAGGAGCGCUCAUCGACCUGUGCAUGGACAUGGGGGACCAGGGCUCGUUGUGCACUGUGGACCAAAUGGCAGUAGAUGCCACCCUGGUCCCAACGUUCCACGUGACUCUUGUGUUGAGGCCCGAGUCCAGUGGGUUGUGGCCAAGGGUUCAGAAGCUCUUCAAGGGGAGCAGGUCCCCGCAGACGUCUGGGACGCCUCUUGGGCCCCGGAGCACUCUGAGGCUGAGUACGAGAUUCAGGGCCAUCAAGAGGAAACUGUAUAGUUCAGGGGAGCUGCUAAUUGAAGAGUGCUGCUGACCAAACACUCCUCGCCUUGCUGAGCUGAACUAAAUUCAUGUUGAACGUGAACAAGAAGAAACCUAACGCCAAACGGCACUGACCAGAUUGCCCUGAAACAACACGUACAUCUCUGUAGGUGCAUUAACGUGUGACUACGGUUUCCCUGGAACCAGCUCAAGUCUCGUGGCUGCUACUCACCUGUUUGCAGGUGACUCCACAGUGAAGACUUGUUUAAACAUGGGUUGCUUUCUUACCUAUGAAUGUAAAGUCACACCCUGAAGGGAAGUGGCUUAAGUAUUUGAUAGUCAAAUAUUAUCAACUGAAACUUGUCUUGUUUUGUACUGGACUCGAAGAACAUGGAGAAAUAAAUUAUUUUCUACUGAA